AUGUCCUCAACAACAGGCUCCUCCUCACAGCCCACUGGCGACAGUUCUAACAGUGAUGGCAGCUCAAGCCCCACUAGUUCUCCGCUACUAUUUUUUGUUGCACUUGGCUUUGGGGUCGUCUUCACAAACCUAUGGAUUAUUGUUGGUGUGAAGUACUGCUUCAGAUAUAAUCAGCGAAACCGCCAGUUGCGCAGCGAAGAGACUGGCGAACCGAUAGACUUGGUCGCCAUGCCACGAACUCAUCGGAGGAGAAGGGAAAAGAAAUUGAUGACCAUGGACGAAGUAAACGAACGAUUCCCGCUUACCAAGUAUAAGCUGUGGAGGUCUUCACGGGCAAAUGCGGGACUAUCAAUUGCUGGCGGUAUAUCCGCCCCUGAUACUGGGCACGUUCAUGAAACCCAACAAGACGAUCAACAGUCCCUCCCAGACGGCGCUGCAUCGCCCUUGGCUGCGUCUGGUAUUAAAUCCCACGGGAAAGUCGAGUCAACAACGUCCCAGCCACCAACGUUUGUUGAUGAUGGUGACCCAUCCCAACAAGCGGAAGAGAAGAGUCUCAAGGAUUUCACACAGCCUAGCCACGCGCCCCCUAGGGCCAGUUUGGAUCGAAACGAUACGCAGGACAGGAAGCAGGCUGAUUAUACAACCAUUCAAGAUGAUGUUGAUAUCCUCUUCCCCACCACGGUUGAAACGGAUCUUGCCGCAAGCCCUGGAGAUUCAUGUGCGAUUUGUCUGGAUAUCAUUGAAGACGACGACGAUAUACGCGGUCUCUCAUGUGGUCAUGCCUUUCACGCCUCGUGUGUCGACCCGUGGCUUACAAGUCGACGAGCCUCAUGUCCGCUGUGCAAGGCAGAUUAUUAUACACCCAAGCCUCGCCUUGAGCCCACCGACCCAUCCUUCACAAACGACCGUCGCCGCGCGGCCCGCCGGGUGUCAGUACCAAAUCAACCACCGGCUGUUUUUAUCAGAGGAAUCAACCCAUUUCGGGCACACGUGACAUUCUCUGGACAGUCCUUGCAAAGGGCCUCUGAUCCUGUUGUCGGAGAACCUCGACGUACAGGCCACAGUUUCUGGGGGCGACCUCUUUUCAGGCGAGAAACAACUACUGACCAAGGUCGUUCCGGAGACGAAAGCCGGAACUCAACAAUGUUCUCACGAUUUCUCAGUUUCCGCAACCUACCCAGGGACAGAGGUCAUGCUUCUGCAACCUCCACUGACAUCUCACGCCUCAAUGACCCGCGAACACCAAGCCAGCUGGAGGCUGGGCAAGCUCAGUAA